GAAGGUCAAAAUUAGACUUUUUUUGUGGUCUUUCAGAGUUGAACAAACAGUGAGAGUGAGAGUGAAAAAUUUUUUACGAUCAUAUAAUUUAAAUAUAUAUAACGUUUCAAUAUAUAUAUAUAACCAUAUUUAAUACAUAACAUAUAAUCAAAGAUGGAUACCAAAACCCCAGUCACUUUAGCCAAAGUUAUCAAGGUCUUAGGAAGAACCGGAUCAAGAGGUGGUGUUACUCAAGUUAGAGUUCAAUUUUUAGAAGAUGCUACUAGAACUAUUGUCAGAAAUGUUAAAGGACCAGUUAGAGAAGAUGAUAUUUUAUGUUUAAUGGAAUCCGAAAGAGAAGCCAGAAGAUUACGUUAAGUCUGUGUUUUAUUCAUUCAUAUACAAUUCAGUCAUUCAUAUUUUUUUUCAUUUCAUAAAUCAUACAAUCAUCAUAAAAAAUCAUUUACAUACACCUUUGUAAUAUAGUCAUAUACAGAAUACAUCAAAGCUUAAAUAUGUUUUAAUUUUAUCUAUCUAUACUAAAGGGCAAUCAAAAGAGAGAUGAUGGAUCAGACUGUAAUGAAUUCAUUACACUGUGAAGUUCUCCCCGGCAAAGAAUAUAAUAUA